UAGGGUGGCUUUGAUUUGAAUGCUGAUGGUACCACUCACGAGUCAGGGGACCUCUGUGACCUCAGUUUCCUCAUCUGUAAGAUGGGUUCAGCAGUACCUCCUGAGCAGCCUGUGUGAGACACACCGAGCACAAUGCCUCUAGGGGGCGGUACAGGUCCAUAAGGGUCUGCCUCUGGCCCGUGCCAAGUGAGCCAUCAGACUGUAGGCUUAGGCUGAAGUCGUCGAGGAAAGAGAGCUGGCCCUUCCCUUCUCACUCCCCGUUCUUCCUGCGGCGUCUGCAGGCGGGUAAGUCCUGGUUCUCCGGAGGCUGCUCCAAGAGGUGUGCCUGCAGAGCGGGCGCCGUUCAGUGCUGGCCCUUCACCUGCCCCUCGGGCUCCCAGUGCUAGCCCAACGAGGACGGCAAAGACUACUGCCCACCCGAGAAGUCGGAGCAAUGCACAAUUUAUGGGGACCCCGGUUACCACACAUUGGCUGGCCUCAGCUACCGCUUCCAGGGCCGCAUGACCUACUUUCUGAUCAAGACCUUGGACGUGCUCCCUGAUGGGGUGGAGCCCUUGGUCGUGGAGGGCCGCAACAAGGUCGACGGUCAGAAGAUGGCCAUCCCCUACGAGCCCAACCACCAGCUGCGGGUCACCGUGCGAGGCCAUCGCCUGUAUCUGGUCACAGACUUUGAGCUGGUCAUCAGCUUCAAUGGAAAGAACAAUGCAGUGAUCUCCCCGCCCGUCACGUACGCACCGGAGGCUUGUGCGCGGCCUGUGCGGCAGCUGUGACCAGAGCAAGAGGAAAGAUUUCACGCUGCCCAGCGGCGCCCUCACCCAGAACCUCCUUGUCUUUGGCAGCAGUUGGGAGGUGAAGAAGACCGAGGGAGGCCUCCCCCGCUUCUCAGGGUG